GGAUCGAUUGGUUGGGUCUGUUGGGGCUGCAGAUGCUAGCGGGGGCUAGCAUGCUAACAGGAAGUUGAAGCGUGUUUCCUGCCUCCACUUGAGACCCGAGUGGAAGAACCGAUCCUCCGCCAGCUGUCGUCAUGCUGCCUCUGAAGGAGAAGGACAAACCCAUCGUCCACAAGCUGCUCUCUGCCGGCUGCUGCGCUCGCUGCGUCCUCAGGUUCUGCUGCACUCGCGUCCAGGCGGCCUACCGCCAGCCCGAGCAGGAAACGCUGAAGGAGCUUCGAGCUUUCAUCAGCAGCACAGAAAACAGCAAAUCCCAAGAUGCACCAGCCUCAGAGUCCACGGGAGACAACAAGUCCCAUGAUGCAGCUGGGUCCGAGUCCGCUGGAGACAACAAGUCCCAUGAUGCAGCUGGGUCCGAGUCCGCUGGGGACAACAAGUCCCAUGAUGCAGCUGGGUCCGAGUCCGCUGGGGAAAACAAGUCCCAUGAUGCAGCUGGGUCCGAGUCCACUGGGAACAACAAGUCCCAUGAUGCACCUGAGGACCCACCGAGCAAAAGAGCUAAACUGGAACCAACCGAGACGGACGCCGGGUCAGAGGAGAAAGAAGAAGACGCUGCUGCCGAGUCACGUGUGUGUGUGGUGUGUUUGGGAAUCCUGCAGGAGUUCUGUGACACCGCUCAGGCUGUAAAGAUUGCAGAGGCAGUGAAAGCUGAAAAAUAUGAGUUUGACUCUGUGAUGUGUUCCGUGUCUCUGCCGGCUCAGCUGUGUGUCCGUGAGCACUCCUGCUGGCUGCACGUGAAGAAGGAAGUGAGAGACAAGGGCCUGGUGCUGGACAAGGAGGACAUCAUCCCGCUGAAGGAGGCCUUCAAGUGGGUGGUGCAGGGCCAGGUCUCCAAGGGGCUGGGGGGGGUUGCCGUGGUUACCAAGGGGGGGCUGGAGGUCGGAGUGGAGUUCACCCACGAAGCUACAGACGCCGACUGCCACUUCCUUGCCUCCGUGUGUCCCGACUGCUUCAAACCCGCCAAGAAGAAACAGUCGGUCUUCACCAGGAUGGCGGUGGUCAAAGCUCUGGAAAAAAUCUCUGAAGCCAAAUUCCUCAGACACUACCCGUGUCCUCCGACGCGGACCUCCAGCUGCUGCAGCCUUCAGGGCGUCCAGUGUCUCCACGUGUCCCUCUUCAUCGCAGGGCGAUACAACAAGUUCUCCCGCACUCUGCCUCAGACGCCCUGGGUGAUCGACGGCGAGCGGAGGAUGGAGUCGUCAGUGGAGGAGCUGAUCGGUGCGUCCGUCCUGUCGUCCUUCAGAGCCGAGGGUUUUAACUUCUCCUCGUCCGGCAGAGAGGACGUCGACGUCCGGACUCUGGGAAACGGUCGUCCGUUUGCGAUGGAGCUGCUGAAUCCUCACAGAACCAGACUGAGCCGAGCGGAGAUGAAGCAGCUGCAGGAGACGAUUAACGAGUCUUCAGACAAAAUCCGAGUACGAGACCUGCAGAUCGUCUCCAGAGACGCCAUGAGUCAUAUGAAGGAGGGCGAGGAGGAUAAGACGAAGUCGUACACGGCGCUUGUCUGGACCAGGAAACCGAUUCAGAGCGACGAUAUCAUCUUCAUUGGUGACAUCAAGGAGCUGACUCUGGAUCAGAAAACUCCUCUGAGGGUUUUACAUCGCCGGGCGCUCGCCGUCCGACAGAGAGUCGUCCACAGCAUGAGCGCUCGCUUCCUGGACCCGCAUCACUUCCACCUGGAGCUGAAGACACAGGCCGGGACCUACAUCAAAGAGUUCGUCCACGGAGACUUCGGCCGCACGAAGCCGAACCUGUGUGAGCUGCUGCAGACGGACACGGACAUCCUGGAGCUGGACGUGGAGUCUGUGGAUGUGGACUGGCCUCCUGCCAUCCCAGAGUGAAGGUCUCCCCGGGGCCUCAGACCUGGUCCCGGACCCGAGAGCCGGCGGGUUCGGUCUCGAUGGUUCUGUCUCAGCGCCGCUCGACCCGUUCGGACGCUGCAUCGAACCGACCGCCGAGGUCACGUGACAGCGAUGGUGAAUGCUGAUUGGCUGUGAAGAGGACAGUUGCUCGGGGACGUUUGUGACGUGUUCACUGAUCCUUCAGGAGAACCUCAGUCAUUAUUUUUCUUUUACAUGUUCCAGCAGCAGGUUGUUGUUUCCAUCAUUUCAAGGAACCUCAGAUUUAAAAACAUUUGUGUCCAUCUGUUUAUUUCUAACAUAUUUCCACUCAAGGAUAAAAUGUAAUAUUUAGAUCUUUUUGCUGAGGUCACAACUGGAGGCAGUUACACUUCCUGCCACUGAUAUGAUUUCCGAUAACUGAGCAAAUAGAUCUUAUUUAUGAGAACCCUUAGUUUUUUUUUGUUGGAAUCAAUAAAGCAACUUUACCAAA